CUUCCUCCUUCCUCGCUUUCGCCUUCUAAAACCUUAUCGAGGCUUCGCAACUUGAGUUGCUUUCCUCCUCUUUUUCCUUAUUUUUUCUCUUUAGACUCCCGCUCUCUGUCGAUGAGAGAUUGCAUUCUCGGCGAAGUGUGGGAGGCGAGAUUUGAUGGGUUUGGGGGCACGUUGUUCCGGCUUCGAGUUUAUGUGAGGACUCACUGAAAUAGUGUUGAAGAUGAACCCUGGCGAGACGGAGAGCUCCGGAUCGUUGUUUUCCACUGAGUACUUGGAUAAACAGGAGGUAGCAAGGGAAUCUCUAGUUGGUUCUUCAACAAACCUUGCCCAAUUGUCAAAUGAUCCAAACAAUAAUUUACAAGUAGAUGGAAUUGCAAAGCACCUCGCCGAGAAACUAUCUGCUUCUCUUGAAAGUAUAUGUGCUAAAGAGGAAUUGGUCAAGCAGCAUGCAAAAGUUGCUGAAGAAGCCCUUUUAGGGUGGGAGACGUCCAAAAAGGAAGUAAUAUCUAUAAAGCAGCAGCUCAAAGAUGCAAUACAGAUGAACACUUCCCUUGAGGAAAGACUUGGCCAUGUUGAUGAUGCCCUCAAAGAAUGUGUCAGGCAACUUCGGCAAUCAAGGGAAGAACAAGAGGAAAGAAUCCAGGAGGCCAUCAUCAAGAAAGCCUCUGAAUGGAAGUCACAGAAAUCUCGACUUGAAACCUGUCUAACUGAGCUCCAAUCUCAGCUGGAAGCUAAAACAAAGACUGACUCCCUGCUCAUUCAUGAGCUUUGCUUAAAAAUUGAGAUUCUUGAGAAAGAAAAUGCUUCAUUGAAAUGUGAAUUGGUUUCUUUAAAUGAGGAUUUCGAUACCCGAACACUAGAUAUGGAACUCAGUAUCAGAGCUGCAGAAACGUCUAGUAAACAGCAUUUGGAGAGCAUUAAAAAGGUGAGAAAGCUUGAAGCUGAAUGCAGAAGCUUGCGUGCUAGGACACCUAAAUCAUCAUUGCUUAAUGAUUCCAGGCUCAUCUGUAAUUCCUUGUAUGGAGAGUCUCUUACAGAUAGCCAGUCUGAUAGUGCUGAAAAAUUGUUUAGUCUGGACAAUGAGCUAAGCAUUCCAGAUUCAUGGGCGUCCGCUUUAAUUUCUGAGCUCGAUCAGUUCAGAAAUGAAAAUCAAACUAUCAAAAAUAUUAAUAGCCCAGUGGAAAUUGACCUGAUGGAUGACUUCCUUGAGAUGGAGAGGUUUGCUGCAUUAACUGAAGCUGACUAUGGAAGUUCUAGUUUGGAGCAUGAAGCUGAUAUAGAUCUUGGGAAUCUAAGACAGAUAUCUUCUAGUAAGAUAGCCAUGCUGGAAGAGAAGAUUGAGAAAAUGACAGAUGAAAAAGAAGUACUAAAGACGACUUUAGCUGAAGCCAACAGCCAGCUAGAAAUUUCUUGCAAUCAGUGUGUAGUAGUCGAGAAUGAAUUGGCUGAAUUACACGGGCAACUCAGUUUAGUUAGUGGUGAGAAGAACACUCUAGAGAUAAAACUAGAAAUAUUAGAGGCGAAUCGAAAGAGGAUGGAACUUGAGCAUGAAGCUGCAUACAAGGAAAUCAUGAAUUUAAAACAUAGAGUAGAAUUAUUAGAAGGAGAAGUUGAGGUAGAAGAGCCAUUAAUUGCAAAACUCGCCAGCAGAUGUCAGAAUGCUGAACCAGUGGACUUGGAACAGAAGGAAAAUGAACUUGAGAAUAAAUAUGCAUACUGGGAAAGUACCAAGUCAGAGAAGAUUAAUUUGUUAGAAGAAGAUGAAGAGAAGAGAAUACCUAAUGGGAGUGCAUGUAUAUAUCUGAACAUGGAUACCUUUGACUCAAAGAAAAAGGAAUUGAAUUGGCAGGUUGAAUCAAAAACCUUUGAACCUUCAAAACUACAUGAGAGGUUUGAUCCAACUGAAAGGAAAUCUGAGGUGUUUGGUGCACAGCUUGCAGCAAAUCAUCCAAUUACCAAAGUCAUUAAUGCAAUGGCAGAUUUACCAUAUGGAGAAGUUAGAGAGGAUACCUCAUUGUCUGGAGAUUGUGAGUUUGAUGCAGAUCUUCCAGAGGCUAAGAAAAUAGAACUAGUUGUGCAACUGGAGUUAGAACAGAUGGAAGUACAGACCCUGCAAGAGAAGGUGCAUAUUCUGGAUAAACAAAUGGAGGGUGAGAAGGAAUUGGCUGGUGAAUUUGAAUCAAGGUGUUAUACACUGGAAGAUGAAUUAUCUAGGAAAAGGCAAGAUGAUUUGCAGCUGUUUGCAAACUCAAAUUAACCACUGAAGAGCAGACAAGAAAAUAAGAUUGUUCCGGCAUCUGGAAGCCUUGCGGAGUGCCAGAAGACCAUGGCUGCACUUAACUUGCAGCUCAAAUCAUUAGCUACUUUGGGGGACUUCUUGUCUGAAGCAAAGACACCAGAAUCAAGUGGAGAGGUAAUGGGACAACUUGAAGGGGAGCCCAACAUAUUGGAUUUUACCAGUUCCCUGGAAAAAAUAGAUGACCCCUCCGUUCUUUGCAGUAGCACACAGUUAGAUAAUCUCACAGAAAAGCAACUUCUGUAUAUUCCAAGGUGAGAGAUGGAAACAUGAAACAAUUUUUUAAGUAGCUUUUGUAGUUUGUUUAACAGAUGUCAACAGGUGUUAGUUACCCAAUGCAAAAUCCAGCUUAAUUGACCUUACUGAGGAAAUAAUAUUAGAAGCUGAGCUCUUGCAUUGUAUAUUUAACAUGCAUAAUUGAAUUAAUUACAUGGUUUAAAAUUUUGAGUUGUCA